CAAAUAGGGAGCUGGUCGUACUUUCUCUGCUGGUGGAGACUUAAAAACAUUUUAUGAUGGCCGAAACACAAGGGAUUCUUGCCUAGAAGGUACAUAUAGAAUGUAUUGGCUUUGCUACCAUAUUCAUACAUACAAGAAACCACAUAUUGCUCUUGUCCACGGAAUGGCAGUGGGUGGAGGUGCUUCCUUGAUGGUGCCAAUGAAGUUCUCCGUCGUCACUGAAAAGGCGUUUUGUUCUACUCCUGAAACAAGUCUAGGGUUCCACCCAGAUUGUGGCUUCUCGUACAUGCUUUCGCGCCUUCCAGGUCGACUCGGGGAAUACUUGGGCUUAACAGGAGCAAAAUUAAUGGGUAAAGAAAUAUUAGCUGCUGGACUUGCCACUCAUUUUGUUCCUUCUCAGAAACUAUUCCAGCUAGAGAAACGCUUGCUGAGCAUAAACAGUGGUGAAGAGGAUGCUAUUAGAUCUGUCAUCAAUGAAUUUUCCACAAAUAUUGACAUAGAUGAAAGAAGUUUCUUGAACAAGUUGUCCAUAAUCAACGAGUAUUUUUCCAAGGAUACUGUGGAGGAGAUUGUGGAGUCACUUGAAGCUGAGGCAAGCAAAAAAGGAAAUGAUUGGAUUAUUAAAGUGCUUAAAAGCCUAAAGAAAGCAUCUCCAACAGGACUGAAAAUAACAUUGAGAUCGAUACGAGAAGGAAGGACACAAACACUGUUUGAAUGCUUGAGGAGAGAAUUCAGGAUUACGAUGAAUAUACAACGAACUAUAAUAUCUGGUGAUUUCUAUGAGGGCAUAAGGGCUGCCAUUAUUGACAAGGAUAAGUCUCCAAAGUGGAAUCCUUCAACUCUUGACAAAAUGCACGAUGAUCAGCUCGAUAUGAUCUUCAAGCCAUUCGAAGAACAUGACUUGGAACUUCAAAUUCCAGAAGACGAUGAAUGCAGGUGGGAAAGAAAUUAUGAAAAUUCAGGUUAUUGUCGUCCAUCAACAGCUCUUGGAAGUGUUCUUGUGUAAUAAACAGCCAAGUAUAUAGUCUUGAUUCUUGUGUACUCACUGGGGCGGAGCUAGCUUGAACGAGUGAAAAAAUUAUACUGUGCACAUAGGAUCAAAUUCCAAGUGUGACAUUUUCGAA